AUGGAAGAAUACGUAAAAAUUUUACAACGUCGUAUCAUUAAAGAAAUCGAAUUGGUUGAUGGUAACAAAUUCAAAAUUGAUCGUUGGGAAAGACCUCAAGGUGGUGAGGGAAUUUCUUGUAUCUUGCAAGAUGGAAAAAUUUUUGAAAAAGCCGGUGUAAAUAUUUCAAUCGUUCAUGGGAAUUUACCUGAAUCAGCAAUACAGCAAAUGAAAUCUCGUAAUAAAGACCUUGAUCCGUCAAAUGGACCUUAUCCAUUUUUCGUCGCAGGAAUUUCAAUAGUUAUGCAUCCACAUAACCCUUAUGCACCAACUAUACAUUUAAAUUAUAGAUAUUUUGAGAUCAAUAAUGCAAAUGGAACUAAAUUAUGGUGGUUCGGAGGUGGAUCCGAUUUAACACCUUCUUACCUUUUUGAGGAAGACGCAAUUCACUUCCAUAAAACAUUAAAGGAUGCAUGUGAUAAACAUGAUCCCUCAUAUUAUCCUGAAUUCAAGAAAUGGUGUGAUGAAUACUUUUAUUUAAAGCAUCGUAAUGAAUCACGAGGGGUUGGUGGUAUAUUCUUUGAUGAUUUAGACAGAAAACCUCAAGAAGAAAUAUUUGCUUUUAUAAAGCAAUGUGGUGAUGCUUUUCUCCCUUCUUAUGUUCCGAUCAUUCAAAAGAGAAAAGAUAUGAAAUUUGGUGAAGAGGAGAAACAUUGGCAACAAUUACGAAGAGGAAGAUACGUUGAAUUUAAUCUUAUAUGGGAUCGUGGAACAAAGUUUGGAUUACAAACUCCGGGUGCAAGAAUCGAAAGUAUAUUUAUGUCAUUACCUCUAACUGCAAGAUGGGAAUAUAUGCAUAAACCCGAGAAAAAUAGUCGUGAAGAUAAUUUGAUGGAAGUGUUGAAAAAUCCGCGUGAUUGGGUAGCAUAG